ACCUAAAAGUUACUCAGUUAUAUUUUUUUUUAGAUAUUAUAACAUCGACUUUAAAUAAUGACGACGAUGACGAUGAUGAAUUGAAUGUGUUUAUUAGAUUUGAGAGACAAGUUAGAAGUAAAAUAAAAGACUUUACCGAAUUAACUGUACCCAACAUGACAGACAAGGACUUCAAAAUUCAUUUUCGUUUGACAAGAGAGAGUAUUGAGAUUUUAACAUUCAAUUUGGGUCCUCUAUUGUUAAAUUCAAAGUUCAAGUGCUCCAUUGAAAAACAAAUACUGGUAUUUAUAUGGUAUAUGGCUAAUUGUGAAACACAUCGGUUAGUAUAAAUUAAAACAU